AUGGAUUUUGCGAGAAAACAACUGGAGAAAUACGGCUGGACCGAUGGCAAAGGGCUGGGUAAACACGAGAAUGGUAUAUCAGAGGCAUUGAAGCCUAAAUUGAAGCGCAGUGUAGCAGGAGUGGGACAUGAUGCGGCCGCCGAGUUCAAUGAGCACUGGUGGACCACUCUCUAUGAUAAGGCAGCUGCUAAUGUUGAAGUGAAAGAGAAGAAUGGGAAAACAAAAGAAAUCAAAACGAAAGAUGAUAAAGAAUUCGUUAUUACCAAUAGCACUUGGAAACUGAAUAAACAAAAGAAGGACGCUGAGAACGAGGAGCAGUACUCUGACUACUUCGUACGGACUGCGGUACUGACUAAUGGUGCGAGUAACAUGGAAAGAGUGAGGGAAUCAGACUCCGAGGAUGACACAGAAAAGAAAGAUGUGUUCAAAAUGACUGAUGAAGAAUUGUUUGCUAAAUGCGAAGGCAGGACUGCACACAAAGGUGCUCGCCAUGGCUUAAGAGCUAUAGGAAAAUUAGCAAGGAUAGCGCAACAAGAGGCUCAACUACUUUCUCAAACAAAAUACAGUGGAUAUUCACACUUCAAGAAAUUAAAAGAAGAAGUUGACAGCAUAAGCUUCCAUAUGGACACAGAUAACACAGGAAUUAAAAAGAAAACGAAGAAGAAACGCAAUCGUUGUUACAAUAACGAAAAACCUGAUACAAGUAUCACCAAAUGUGAAUUGGCUGAAUCAGAUGAGUUGUCUUUGCCUGACGAAAAUCAAGUGACAGAUGAAGACAAUGCUGCCAACGCACAAAAUGUAGAGAAAAUUAGUAAAAAAUCUAAAAAAUCAAAAGAUGAAAAUCAAACCGUUGAUGCGAGUCCUGAAAUGAGUGUGGCUAUUCCUAAAUCUAAAAAGAAGAAGAAAAAAUAUGUAUGUGAAGACAUACCUGAAACUGAGGAAACGAACAAUGAUGAAGAUGAAGUGCCUUCUGAAAUUUCGCCUAAGAAGAAAAGUAAAAAGAAAAUUAAUAAAGAUAAUGAAUUAGAAUAA